AUGGGAGAGGGGCAGAACAUCACCAUGCUGAACCUCGACUUGGAGAAGGCCUAUGACUGGGCCCUGCCCGAGCCGCUGCGCGCCGGCGAGCGCCUGGCGCUGGAGGUGUCCUACUGCACGGGCGACGGGCCGGGGGUUUGUUGGCUCACUCCCGAGCAGACAGCAGGGAAGCAGAAGCCCUAUAUGUACACUCAAGGCCAGGCCGUCCUGAAUAGAUCCUUUUUCCCUGGCUUUGACACCCCUGCAGUUAAAAGUACAUAUUCAGCCACAAUAAAGGUCCCUGAGGGCUUCACAGCUAUGAUGAGCGCUACGACCUGGGAGAAGCAGGAGAAAGACAACACAUUCAUCUUCAAGAUGUCCCAGCCAAUUCCCUCCUACUUGAUUGCUUUGGUUAUUGGUGACAUUGUUUCUGCUGAAGUUGGUCCAAGGAGCCAUGUCUGGGCUGAGCCAUGUCUGAUUGAGGCAGCUAAGAAGGAGUAUGAUGGCGUGAUUGAAGAGUUCCUGGUGGUUGGGGAGAAGCUAUUUGGACCAUAUGUUUGGGGCAGGUACGACGUUCUGUUCAUGCCACCGUCGUUCCCCUUUGGUGGGAUGGAGAACCCCUGCAUCACCUUCGUGACCCCCUGCCUGUUGGCUGGAGACCGCUCCCUGGUGGAUGUCAUCAUCCACGAAAUCUCCCACAGCUGGUUUGGCAACUUGGUCACCAAUGCCAACUGGGGGGAGUUCUGGCUGAAUGAGGGCUUCACCAUGUACGCGCAGAGAAGGAUCUCCACCGUGGUGUUUGGUGCUGCCUAUACUUGCCUAGAAGCAGCAACGGGAAGGGCCUUGCUACGACAGCACAUGGAUAACACUGGAGAAGAUCACCCAUUAAACAAGCUUAGAGUGAAGAUUGAACCAGGCGUCGACCCUGAUGACACCUACAAUGAAACCCCCUAUGAGAAGGGAUACUGUUUCGUGUCCUACCUGGCGCACCUCGUGGGAGAUCAGAGCAAAUUCGAUACCUUCUUGCAGGCCUACGUGAACCAGUUCAAGUUUCAGAGCAUCAUGGCUGAUGAUGCCCUAAACUUCUUCCUGGAGUACUUCCCAGACCUGAAGAAGAAAGGCGUGGACUCCAUCCCAGGCUUUGAGUUUGAUCGUUGGCUGAACACCCCCGGCUGGCCCCCACACCUUCCUGACCUCUCACCCGGAGAUGUGCUGAUGAAGCCAGCAGAGGACCUGGCAGAACUGUGGGCAGCCAGCAGUUUGGACAUGGAGGCAGUUAAGGCUGUGGACAUCUCUGCCUGGAAGACAUAUCAGCUGGUGCACUUCCUGGAUAAAGUCUUGCAGAAAUCGCCUUUGCCGGAUGGGAACGUGGACCAGCUGAGCGAGAAGUACCCAAAGAUCUCCCAGGCGCAGAAUGCUGAGCUGCGCCUCCGCUGGUGCCAGAUCGUCCUCAAGAACAACCAUGAGGCCGAGUAUGGAAAAGUCAAGGACUUUCUGCACAGCCAGGGGAAGCAGAAGUACACCCUCCCCCUCUACCGGUCCAUGUGGAGCGGCUCCGAGUCGGCCCGGGUGCUGGCCAUGGAGACCUUCUCAGCCACGGCUCCGCAGCUUCAUGUGAAUGUCCAGAACUACAUCAAGAAGAUCCUGGGCCUGGAGCCUGCUGGCAGCUAGGGGCUCACUUCUGAGGGGCCUGGGCAGCGAGGCCUGUGGUCUCUGCAUUGGCUCCGCUCCAUUCACACUGAGGGUCCAGAGCCGCUGUGUUGCGAAGCCUGUUCCACAGCUGGUGCUGAUUCUGCGGCUUGAUGCGCAAUCUUGGCUUAUUAAAUACUUUGUAAUUUGAA